UCCUUCUAUUUCCGGGUCGGGAUUCUACUUCCUGGGUCCUCACAGCGCGGCUCCGCCAAAGCAAAUGUGGUGUUUUCUUAUCCGAACAUUCGAAUAUUUCUCCUAAAUUCACGUUAUUUAGCAUCGCACCAUGUCCGGCAGGGAAGGAGGCAAAAAGAAACCGCUGAAGGCUCCCAAGAAACAGGACAAGGACUUGGAUGAGGACGACAUGGCCUUCAAGAAGAAGCAGAAGGAGGAGCAGAAAGCCUUGGACACAUUGAAGGCCAAAGCAUCUGGAAAAGGACCUCUAGGUAGCAGCGGCAUCAAGAAAUCCGGCAAGAAGUGACCCUGCUUCGGUUCCCCAUGACUGCCGUGUAUCUUUGCUCCUCGAGACACCACUUUGUUUUGCCACGGUCCCCAGUUACCUUUUUCCACAAGUCAAAGGUAAUUUGGGAAAACCUGAGUUUUGUGUACAGCUUGUAACUGGAGGUCUCACACCCAUACAUUUGUUGUCGUACCCACAGUUCUCAUAUAACACUGUGGGAAUAAUCAAGAGUUUACUUUUUUUAUGGCAUUUUAUUGUAAAUGCAAAGAUACCAAUAAAAUGUUUUGAAAUCA